AUGCUCUCCAUGAGAGGCCCAUUAAACAUAAUGUUGUCAGGUUUUGACUUGCCUUCAGAAAAAAAACCCUUCAUCAGUUUACACAGGUAUUUCUAGGCUAUUAGUGGUUGGGCCUCUUUUUGUUUUAUCCUUGUUUCGUAUUCCUAAAUGGUUUUAUUUUUAAAAAAGAGAGAAAUCAUGUUGCCAUGUAAAGUAUACACAAACAGAACUCCAGAGUCGUCUCAGAUCAUUAUUUCUUUUAAUAGGAAAUACAUAUAACAAUCUGAAACACAAAUUGGUAACAACAAAGAAAAACAUCAGAGCAACAAGGAGUAUAAUACAAGCCUGAGCCUGGACUGGAAAAGGAGUGAAAGGUAAAUAUUUUCAGUACAUUUUUAAAGAGAUUCUCUAUUUAAGAUGGGGUGAGGAACUUCAGGUCUUGUGGUCCAGAAGUGAAUGAGACCCUCUGGCUGAAAAAGGGUUUUCAUCCCUAAAUUAGAGGAUGUUGUCUGAUGAUUAUAAAAAUAAGGUUCUGUGCUUUGGUUUAAUAGGUCUUAAAAGAACCUCUUCUCUUUGAUAGUUGCACUAAUAAUCUGGUUUCCUUAUACAGGAACAAUUUAGAAGCAUUGAAAAAUUUGCAUCUGUCCAUUGAGAAGUCUGCUCUGGUUUGUUGGUAAGUUUUUAUGCCUCUACCAGAAAACAGAUCUCCAAACUGUUUGUUACUGUUUUUCCCCCAAAUCUCCAAUGUUCAUUUUACCCACUUAGGGUUAUGUUAUGAAACAUUGACUUUUGCAGAUAAGAAACUCCCAGAUUUGUAAUGUCAUUUUAAAAUAAUAUUCUCAAUCCAGAUUAGUGCACUUGUUUUAAAGAAUUUUCUGUACUUCAUAUUGUAUCAAUGAAUUUGUUUAUUUACUGUUUUACUAGUGGAUAUGAUCAGUCCAAAAUAGUUCUGUAAUAGUAAUAGUUAUGUAAUAGUUCUGCUGCUCAGAGUACUUCAACUGAAUCUGUUAGCUGCUUUGAUUUCCAUUUCGUUGGGAAAAGUUCUGCCUAUAAUGUUAGAUUCACAAUUUAGGAUUUUUUAUAGUUAGGUAUGUUAAAACAGAUUGUAAUUGAAAUUUGGAGGUAAAGGAGUCCUUGAAAUGCUCAGUGGCUCAAGAUAAUGAUGAGAUCCUUUGCAGAAACAGCCUGUUAUCCAAAAGAGCAUUAGUAUGCAUCUUGGUGUAAAGUAUUUUAUAAGUAUUUGGUGUGAGAAAAAAACCUGAUGGCAAAGUAUCUUUAUUGAGUAGGAGAGCAAGUAUCCUUGAUGUCAACUUUAUAUAAUUGGCUCUUGGUACCUUAUAUAAACAUUAAUUAUGAAUCUGAAAUUAAGUAAGUUUUUUUAUUAAAAAAAACUAUUUGUUUUCAAUUUUAGAUGCUCUAAUGACUUCUGAAUGUUGCUAUUAUAGUCAAGCUCAUGCUGAGAUGUAAGACUUAUUUUGCUUCACCUCACUAACGCAGUGCCAAAGGUUGACCUACUUUCUGAUGACUGUGUCAUUGUGCCCUUGCAGGUUCCACUUCCUAAGUCUCAAUAAUGUAUAUUAUUAAACAAGCCUCUGCCUUGCUGGUAUCCUUUUAUCUCCCAUACCUUGUCAUUAUGUGCUAGGCUGGAGCAUACCCAUCAGCUAUGCCCCUGGAACUCUUGGGAUUUUGUGUAGAAUCUGGCACAGAACUUGGGUUUCUUGAUACUGACUUUUAUGCAUUUUAAAUAAAAAUGGUUUUCUAGUUCUCAUGGUUAAAAGCAACUAAGCCCACAAAGUGUUCGGGUAGUGUCAAAAGGCAGCCUAGGAAAUCGACCAGAGGACUGAUUCUUCCAGGCUUGAAUCUGUGACCUAUACUGCCAAGCUCCCUUACACACCUAUGGAUCUUAGCACCUAUGGAUCUUAGCACCUGUAUGCCAUCCUUAUGCUACAUUAUCACAGUCUCCCCUGCCUCUCUGGGAUAAUGUGACAGUAAAUAGGAUAAUCCUAUGUCUACUGCACUGAGCUCCUUGAAGGGAUGCCUAUAUGAUGAAAAAAAUCAUAACGUCCUUAUGGCUAAAUGAGCCUUGAAGCCUAAUGCAUUUCUAGCUUGAUGUUUGUUAGAAGUCAAAUCACUGGGGCUACCUUCCAAGUAAAUGUGUGUUUUUGAUUUAGAAUCAUAUAUGUAAUUCAGCAGUCAGGGCUGUCAUGCCAGCUUAUUUGCUGGUGGAUAUAAAUGGUUCAGAUAUUGGAAUACAGUAUUCAGGGAAAGCUGUCUGUGGCCAAGAGACAGCAACUGCUGUUGUGUGGUCCUUUGUAAGGAGCUACAAUUGCAUAUGUUGGAUGCACAGAAGUCUGCCCAAAGAAAUCUUUGGACACUUUAUACUCAUACUUCCACUCUGACUCAGAGAUCAUUGAUACAUGGAAAUGUCAGCUAUCAGACUCUGUGAUACUUCCCUGGUACAAAAGGCAGUGCUAAUUGUUCCCAGUGCUACUAUGCUGCCUCUUGGCAAGCAUACAGAUUAACCUUCCAUGUGACACCAUUGAGCAGGAGUAAGAGGUUAUGAAAGUACAGAAAUGUUAGUCUUUGGGAACCCAAAUUCAGUGGCCCUUUUCUUUCAGCUAACAUUAAGCAGGGUUUUAAUUUUGUUGUAAUUUUAAAUGGGGUUUUGAUUGUGAUUAUUGUAAUUAGGGUUGUUAAUUGGUCUGGGCUCCCAUGGUGGGCUAUGGGGAAGAACGGAAUGGAAAUGUAUGGGAAUAAAUAACUAUUUUGGGGAUGCUUUGAAGCAAGGCUACUGCAUCAUGAUGUUCUUUGGGUGGGACUGAGUAAGGUCAAUUAUAAUGGAAGUGUCCUUCCUGGGGUUAAUAACACUUGGGGAAAGGGAGCAUCAGGAUCAUGACUGGAGGGUUAAAAACUCUUCUUGUGAAUCUGAGUCCUGAUCUUGAUUUCCCCCAUUCUCCUGCUGCAGCUUUUAUUGGAAUGAAAAAAACUAGUUAAAGGCAAAUCAUACAUUUAACAUUUCAGCUAUUUUCAGUCUUGUCUUCUGGCUGUCCACAUAUGCAGGGUAUUAUGCAGUAAAAAAAGAGAGCUGAAUUCAUUAAUCAGGAUAAAAUAUGCAAAUUAAGAAAUGUGCACAAAAUACAGAGUAUCUGCAAGAAAGGGCAAACAAGGGAAGCAGGCCAUUAAUAUCUUGCUGUCUGACAGCUAGAAAUUCUACUGAGCCCCACUCUAGCUUUGGAAAUUUCACUCCACAGUGCCUAUUUACUUUAAAGCCCAUAUUUCAAGCCAUAAGGACUAGAAACUUGUUUUGUGUUUUUAAAUGAAAGCUGGAACUCUUUGGUGUUGGAUGAUUCUGUGCCUUCUGCUUUGUGGGUGGGUGUGCAUCAGUGAUCUCCCAAGGCGGGUUUUGCGUUGACUUUAUUCGAUUCCAGUUUCCUUAAUAUUUCUGUUGUUUCUGCUUUCCUUAUGAACUUUUUCUCAUUCUGUAUGUUUCAUGGUUAAACUUUCCCUCUGGCAACAUUUGAUAGAGAAUUGUCCUUUUUUGCCGUGGUUGGCAGUUCUUCCCUUUAAAAUAAAUAUCUAACCUAGAUGUUCUUCCACUUUUGCAUACUGGGGUUGGUAUGCAAAAUCACUUUUGGCCUUGUUUCAAUAGGAGUUUUGUAUAGCAAUUCCAGAUUCCAACUUAACAACAGCACUAUCUGGAAACCUGGACUUGGCAUGGUACAAAUCAGGACCUGCUAUCCUGCUCCAGUGCUUGGACUUUUCAGUGUGCAUAUGCUUAAUCCAAGCUGUCCAUAAGAGGAAAAAAACUGUUGCAGAUUAAAUUUCUGUCUAAAACACAGCUGGGUGAGGCUGGCCUUAACUUAUUCUGGCAUACUUCUGUUGCUUAUACUAUUUGAGAAUGGAAAAUUGGUUAGUGUGUAAUCAAGCCCCCCGAACCUUAUCAUGUCAAUAGUUAAUACUGGUGUUGGUAUGCUUUUUGGUCAUGGCAAGCGUCUUUCCCCCCACCCCAUUUCUGAUUUUGCUUAAUGGUCUUUGCCUAACAACUGCUCCCAGCUACUGAAAUUUGUGUUGCAUCCCACUUGUCUUGGUGGAACUAAAGGAAACCAUUCUGCUUCCCGCGAAUGGCCAGAGAAAGUUAUAGUAGCCUGAAGGGUUGUAGCUGAUAGACAUUAAGCAGCCCCCAGAACUGUUGUUGUUUUGGGGCACUGGUACUGCUUUGCUUUGCUUGUUACUGUGUUUUUCUCCCUUUGCUCAACUGGUACGCUCGGCAAUAAAGCCUUGCCUCAGUACUCACAAGAGAUCUGACAGUGUAAAAGCAAAUCCCGUCAGAUACUCGAAACAGUAAAAGCAUUUGGCAUUGCUUUGUUUCUAGCCUGCACUGCAUUAUUUGGUUUGUUUUUGAGCAUUGAUACGCUGCUUUUCCAACAAGUGUUUAAAGUAGCUUAAAGAAAGGAGGAUAAAACAUGAAUAGUAUAAAAUGAUACAACUAAGUAAGAACAUUGAGAGUUUAAUUAGCAAAUAGCCUCUACCAGGAAAACAUGGUCUCUUGACACAGCAGUUGACAGCAUCCAGACUCUGCUUGUCUUGGAAGAGCUGGAUGUCCCUGCUUCCCUUGACGAGCUGAAAAACUCCAUCAAGUCUCAAAGGUGUGGUAAAGACUCAGGACAGGGCAGAAUCCCAACAGAAGUGCUGAAAGCCGGCUUCACUUCCUCCCUCAUGAUGCACCUCCAUGGUAUUUACCUGUAGUGUUGGGAAGAAGGAUCUGUGCCACAAGACAUGCAUCUCUCUGCUGAGUACUGUGGGGAAAGCCUUUGCCCAAGUAGUUCUCAACAGAUUUAUGCUCACUUGCUGACAGGGUCUAUCCCAAGUCACAAUUUGGCUUUAGAGCUUGGAGGUCAGUCAACAUGAUUUUCUCACUGAGCCAGCUGCAGGAGAAAUGCUGAGAGCAGAGACACCCAUUGCACAUCCUUUUCAUUGACCUUGUUCAACAAAAAAGGACGCUUCACACAGUUCAACAAGAUGAUCAGGUCUUUACAGGAGAACAUGCAUGUCACUGUCCAGUAUGAUGGUUCAUCCUUGGACACCUUCCCUAUAAAGAGUGGAAUGAAACAGGACUGUGUUCUCACCCCAACUCUCUUUGGCACAUUAUUCUUCCUGUUGCUCUCCUAUGCCUUCAGCUUCCAUUCAAGGAGCAAUGGUGUCUGUUCAAGCUGGCACAUCUCUGUGCCAAGACAAAAGUGUGGCGUGUCUUAUCUGAGAGAUGUUGAUUGCACUUGGUGCAGCCUUGACAGCGCACUCAGUGGGAGCUCUACAGAGACGCAUCAACCAUUUUGCCCAAGCCUCCAUGGAGUUCGGCCUCACCAUCAGCCUGACAAAGACCGGCAACCUGAAUCAGGAUGUUGCCAGCACUCCAUGCAUCAGCAUUGGUGACCACACAUGACAUGAAGGCUGGCAACAUUAACCCUGCCAUAUGGGAAUCCCUUGCGGACGAUUGCAGGGCCUGGAGACAGACAGUCAAGUUGUGCAUCCACAGCAGUGAUCAGAGGAGGAAUGACUGUCAGGAGCAGCGCAGAGAGAAGUCUGACUUCACUCCCAAAGAUGUACUCUUCCAUUGUCUCCUGAGACAGAUGGAUGCUUACAAUUCAUGGUUUAUAGCUUGAGGUGGGAUAUCUGGAGUGAAGUUGUACACUAUGACUAUAAUACCAAGCCUUUGGGAUAUGAGCUGGGAUAGCUCAGUUGGCAGAGCAUGAGACUCUUAAUCUUCAGGUUGUGGGUUUGAGCCCCACAUUGGAUGAAAUAUUCCUACAUUGCAGGGGAUUGGACUAGAUGAUCCUUGUGGUCCCUUACGACUCUGCAACUAUAUGAUUCUAUGAUUCUGCUUUGGGUCUUGACUGACCUAGGUUUUGCUUAUGUGCCUGUUGGGAUCGUUGUUGAAUUCCAGAAGUCAGGCAGGUGUUUUGUGCAGGCUGCUGCUUAUGGGCUGGAGUAUGUUGGCCAUUGAGAUUAUUUUCAUCCAUCUUCUUCCACCAAUAUCUGAAUAUAAUAAAUAUAGUUGGCCAGCAUAGAUAUUGAUUUUCUGCUUUUCAUGGAUUCCCAAAGAUGAGGCAGGAUAGUAGGUGAGGAAAAUAAAUUUGGAGCAGUUUUGGAAGAUCUCAGAAAUAAAAUUUUGUGCAUAUGUGUGUUUGCAGAUUUGCAUGUGUAAUAAAACUGGAGUAUGAAAAGACUAAAGUUGGCUAAAUUGCUAUGUGAACCUUAUCCUUUUUCCUGCCCCUUAAAUCUUACCAGGGAGCAACCCAUAUGUAACCUGCAGAGCAAAUUCAAUUUCCUGUGACUCUGAUACUAAUGGGGGAUGGGGUGGACAGUGGCUGUAAACGUCACUGCACCCUGGGCGAUAUUUUAUAAUCAUAAGCUGAGCUUUUCCCUUGACUGAACUUUGAUGGAUGACUUAUUCUAAUCUUUUACGUAGUCAGAUAAUCUCCCCUCCACUCCCCUCUGCUGGCAUUAAAAUGAAAGAUUUCUAAGGAGUAAGGACUGGUCUUCCAAUCCAAUCCUAGGAUGAGUUAACUUCCCAAGAUUGCAACAGUUCUGGGUAAAAAUUUAACCAGACCUUUAUAGCCAACUGCUUGAUUGUCCAGACCAAAAGCUACGCACUGAUCCCAAACAAAUGAGAACCUUGGAAACUGCUGUAAUUACAGCUUUACAAAAACGCAGAUUCCACCAUCUGUCUUCUCGUAGACCCUAGAUGAGGAAAAGGUAAGCACAAGGGCUAGGGUGUCCACUGCUGAUCUUGCCUGUGUUUCUCUUGGAUACCUCUCACAGAAAAGGAGGUUGUUGACUCUGCCCUGCUGCGAUGGUUAAAUUUUAGUCAACGUUCGUGUUUGCUUUGCGAUAAGGGAGGGCCUGCUCUGAGGUUUUUUCUCUACAGGCAAGAGCAGGCUGGGUGUUCUGUCUACAGCCAAUCACUUUCUAGAGGAGUAAACAGGAAAGGUAACAGAGUUCACUGCUUAUUUGCUUUUUAGAAACCCAAUGCAUCUUUUGCUUCAUUUGUAACCAAUAAGGUGGCAUGAUUUCCAACUAUAGAAUGUCUGGGUUGAAGUGCAUUCUUUCAUCAUCCUAGUUUCUUUUUCAUGUAUGAAGCUAAGUUUUGCCCAACCUGUCUCAAGGCUCUUUAACGUGAACAUUAGGAACCUGUUUGUUGUCAGAUUUCUUCCUACUUCAGGUUAUAUGCAGAGUUUGGAGUAUAAAUGCGGACAAAUGAAGGAAAGGCAUAAUAGCAGCAGAUUAUGCUUUCUUAACAUGGAAGAGAAAAGGGGUUAGUUUGUGAGUUUUGAGGAAAACAAAUGGGAGUCACCCUAGAGUUCUUAAAUUAUUGGCAUAGGAACUCAAUAGAAGCUUGUUACAGCCAUGCGGUCUGAGCUGCAGCAACCAGCUCAAACCUCCUCACAUGGGAGCUGCUCCGUGGCUAACCCUGGCAGGACAGCUUACUCUGGCAUUAACCCCUUCGUGCAUGCUGGUUAUAUGAUGUUGGUUAUCCCAUAUGUAUAUUUGUGUAUCAAUUAAAAAAAUUAAUAAAACACAAAUAUUUAUUUGCCAGAGGGGUAUAACACAACAGAAGAUUUAAGCACACAGAUAGGUGCAGACUGCUACUUGUCUCUGUUGACAGUACUGCGCUAGAUGGGUCCAGUGAUCUGAUUCGGUAUAAGGCAGCUUCACAUGUUCAGCCUCGUGGCAGUGAAUGCCAUAGUUUGUAAAUACCUGUUCUUUAAUUGGUUAAACUAUGCAUAUAGUUAAAGAAUGAGUAUUUACAAAUGAGACCAGAUUUAAGGUGUAUUUUCCCCCUUCACAGGUGCAUUUUAUAAUUAACCCCUGCCUCCUAAAUUAUAUAGGGCACAUUCUGACUGAUAAUACUUUGUGUGAUCAUAAUAGAAAAUAGCACAAGGAGGUGAGGUGAUGGUGCACUUUAUAUCUUAUGAUCUGUCAGUCUUUGUAUCUCAAUUCCUGGUGCGUUCACACAAAUCCUUGCACCUUAUUAAAGAGAUACACAACUUGCACAAAUGGUUUUGCAUUGUCUUUGCUGGGAAUCGUCUCCUCUUUCCACUUUCUUAUCUGAGUGAAAAGCUCCAUGUACCAAAUUAGUACCAUAUGCAGCUAGCUGUUUUGUUGUUAUUUAACAGAACCUUCACCCUCACUACUCCACUAUCCUGUUAUUUCACUGUCUCACUUCUGGUUUCGUUGAAAUUGCUGUUGAUCAGUAGAUUGCCACAAGUCCACAAUUUUGGAAGCAGAAAGCAGGGCCAUAUUCAGGAGUAUUUUAAACACUGUGGGAUUAAACUGACACGGAAUGCAGCAAGUGAUAGUGUGAACACAGCUUUAAUUUUUGGAUGUUCUGUUCCUUUAUAUCUUUUAUCACCAUGAAACUUUCAUGCUGAACCUGACUGCUCUCUCUUAUUCUGGGCAAGGUAUGAGACAAUGGAAUCAAGUGAGCAGCACAUAUGGAUGCCAGAUGCUUGCAGCUUUUCUAAUAACUGGAUUUCGCAGUGUCAGAUGAUGAAUGAGAUAGAUGUAUAGAGUAGGAAUGGGGAACCUGUGGCCCUCCAGAUGUUGCUAGACUACAGCUCACAUCAUCACUCUGAUAUUGGCUAUGCUGGCUGGGGCCGAUGAAGUUUUAGUCCAACAGUACAGUGGUACGUCAGAUUACGAACCGUCCUACUUAUGAACGCUUCGGGUUAUGAACUCUGCAAACACAGAAGUAGGUGCCAUGGGUUGCAAACUUUGCCCUGGGAUACGAACAUAAUCCGCUUCCGGGGCUGCGGGAGGCCUAUGUAGGGAAUGUGUGCUUCGGGUUAAGAAUGGACUUCCGGAACGAAUUAAGUUCGUAACCCGAGGUACCACUGUAUAUUGGAGGGCCACAAGGGAAGGGCGGUAGUUAAGUGGUAGAUUAUCUGCUUUGCAUUUAAAAGGUCCCACAUUCAAUCCUUGGCAUCUGUAGGUAGGGCUGAAACUCUACGAAGCUGCUGCCAGCCAUUGGUCUUCAAGUGGUGGGUUGGGUCCCUUAGUGGGCUACAGCUUGACCUAUGGAGAGUUGUGUAGCAACAUUAAUAUGAUGCAAAAAUCACUUGUGGGGCCCCAAAUGCAGGUUUGAGUUAAAGGGGGUGUCCCCAGUCCGAUAAGCUGAAGGACUAUUGAUGUGAAAAAAUACUGAGCUAGAUUGACAAUGGCCUGACUGGAUAAUAACGAUGUUCUCCACCUCUGGCAGAGACGUUUUGGUUAAGAGCUCUGCAGAAUCACAGUUCUGACAAAUAGCAACCCAGGUAACAUUUGAAUUUGGAAUCCCUGUUCUAUGAGAGCAGGUGGGUUCAUACAAUACCUAUACCAAGUACAAAAAGCUAGCUUGACUGUUCCAAAAUGGAGUUUGGGAACUUUUAAUACGGAUGUGACAUCCCUAUUUUAGAAAUCAUGGUGUUGACAGGUCAGGAUCCUCACAUGUCACAUCAAGUUAGAGAGAAUAAUUACAUAGUUUUUCAGGUUCUCUCUGCUCUUUCAUGACAUUUGCACUAAAAAUGAUGAGCCCAGGAGGAAGCUUCAGGUGACGCUGUUGGAUCUGCUUAAUGUGUCGUUGGCUCAGAAAUGCAAAGAGGAUUUCUUGCUAAAACAAGUGCUUGGCUGACUCAUCCAGGUGAUCAUCUCUAUAUGAAAUAUUUAAAUUGCAGGCAGGAGCCAUGUGGGUUACGAGUUCACUUUUGUUGCCUUUUUUUUGCAGUUGUGUGCUUGAGAAGGGACUGUUAUUGUCUCUUGUAGGAGAUUGUUCUGCCAGUAAACAUGUUCAUCUUGUUUCUUGCAUCGUAAAUGGUUUAACAAAGGCUGGUUCAUGUUGAGCUGUACAUGUAAGAACUCAGAAGGUGGUUACUGUCUUGCUUUAAGAAUUGCCUUUUGUUUCCUCACAAAAGUCUUUCAUUUUUCACUCUGCACACAUUGGCAUGAUUUGCAGAAACCAGACAAAAUUUGGAUCAGUGCGGCUGUGUGGGCUCCCAGAGAGGAACUCAUAGCAACUUUGCUUCAUCCUGGUCUACAUUGACCUAAGCCCAAGGUUUGACUUAGUGUGUCAUCUGAAUUGGGGCUCAAAGCUAAACUGUCUUCUCACCAUGAGCUGUAACCAAAACAAACCUUGGUUACAGUGUGUGUUUAGUGAGGAGAGAGCUUAACCACAAGUCCUUGGUUCAGACAACAUACCUAGUCAAAACGUGGCUUAGUGUGGCACAGAAGCAAAAAGGACCAGAAAGCACAAAGCAGUAAUGAGCUCCUCUUAUGGAGCCUGCAUACCCACACAGUUUCAGUAAGCUAAAAUUUGACUUAGCAUGUUGAGUGAACCUGGCCAUUGUGAGACCAAACCUUGCUGAGGAUCCACUGUAUACUAUCACCCAGCUUGGAUUGGUUGUUGUUUAAUCAUCUGGAGUGCCCAGAUGUACUAUGCACAGUGAACAAUAACUGUAGGUUUUGCUUGAAGGUUGGAUCUUGCUUUGACCAUAUGCAUACACAGGGAGAGGUGGGGAAAUGGCCGCCUUGAGCCAGACGGUAUUCUGCAUUUUGUCCCUGGGCAAAGAGCUAAAGUUGAAGGAGACGGAAGUCCUGAUGUUUAAAGAAUAUUUGUACUAGUAUAUUAUAGUAGCAUUUAUAUAUUAUGUUCAGGGCAUAUGGGGUGUUAGGAGGGAGGGGUUUUACCUCUGGUGGGGGACACAUUGUGCUUCUUCUGGGGUAGUUUGUCCACCUUCGACCCCCAUCCUGCACUCAGCAGGAACCUGUGGCUCUUAGAAGCUGUGAUUCCUAGAAAUGACAGUGGCCACACCAUCUAAGAGAAGGAAAACUCUGAUCCUAAACCUUCGCUACCUUGUGGGAUAUCUUUGGGAGAACAAAAGGCCAAGGAGUAAAUCAGAGUGGAGUACCUAAGACGGUUGGAUGUAUGGCGUCUUGUAUGCCUCCUUCUGGCAACUCCUGCAGCCAAGCUGGUGCCAAACUUAUUGCUCUGCUUAUCUUUGGACCACAUCAGUGAGGCCAGGAGGUGGGUCUUAUUGUCUGGGCAGCCCAGGACAUCCAUACACACUACCCAAGCUUAUGUCUCGGGGAGGUCACUGCUAACAUAGUGGUUUGACUUCACCCUCAGAGGUGCACCUCUCGAGACAAACAGAUGCCAACAAUAUAGUACAUUCUAAGCACUGAAAGCACUUCACGUAUCUCAGCAAUGUGGGAAAGUAUUAUUUCUGCAGUGUAGAGCAGCCUUUGCCAACUUGGUGUCCUCCACUGGACUGCCAUUCCCUUGGGAAGCUGUAAUCCAAAACACCUGGAGGACACCAGGUUAGUGAAGACUGGUGUGGGUGGACGCUGGCACCAAGUGUACACCUGAGACACCGAGUACAUGCCAAGAGGAGAUUUGGCCUGUGGACUUUUCAGCUGGCAUUUUUAGCCACCAUAGCACACAUCCAAAAUGUUGUGUAUCAGAUGAUUUUUACCGAGUUGGAUCUGCUGCACAGUUACUUGUUUGCCCUUAGACUACAGAGGAGUACUUUGGGAUAGUCUCAUGAAACAUACAUGAAUAUGAUGGACUCCUGUAGUGCACUCUUGCCCAUAGAGUGAGUGACCACCAGUACAAAACUAAAUUGUGAGGCAAAGCAUCUGACCAUUAUGAAAGGCAUGACAUCUUUAGCAAUAUAGUAAUGCCUGACUAAAAUCCAGUGGAAAGGACGUUCAUUACGGGACAUUUCAUUAUUUCAGAACUCCCCCACCCUCCACCCUCCUAGGUUCCUUUUCUAAAACCUUUCAGCAUCUUGUUUCCGUGUUCCUUUUCAUAGUAGAAGAAAUAUUUGCCACUGGGUAGGCUGUUUGCAGCAAGCCUGUCUGAACAAGGCGUAGGUGUUUGAUUUACACAUUGUUGUUUUUGUUUGUUGAAGGUAGCAACCCCCCAGAGUAAGCGAGAACCACGUUUAGUUUGCUAAAUCGUGAUCUCUUGUUCAGAAUCUCUUUUCUCAUUAGUUGCUUGAAAUUAACCAACAGUUCUUCUGAUGGCAAUGGAGUUAAGCAACGUGGAGGAGAUAAUAUUUUUUGGGAUCAAAGCCAAACCAAGCACAUGGAAAUGAGGCAACAGCAUUAUGUUCCAGUAAAUGGCAUUUAAUACCUGCUAUACCAGCAUAAGGGCUGUUCUGUUUAAAAUCGGAUGCUGGUGAGUGUGGUUGGAUCUGCCUUGAAUCAAUAUUUUCCUGUUUUGAUCCAUGCUAAAGGUUCUGGGUUUCAGUGAGCCUGCAACUGGGAAUGGUUGACUAAUGACAUAUUAGCCAUUUGAGCCCUGAAAAGUGGUCUUGGAUGGCAACCCUGCUCAAAGGCCCUUUGGACAAGAUCAUAUUGCUUCAUCUUCAGUCCAGGGACCUUUAAAAUUCUCAAUAUCAAUAUGUUCAGGCUGAUUUAUCUGCUUUAUGUAACCCACUAGGCUUGCUGCUUCAUGGUUCCAGUCUGCUGUCCCUGGUUAUAGUUUGUGUGCUGGAUAUCACUUCCUCUCUGGUCUUGAGCCAAAUCUCACCACAGCAUCCACAUUUACAUUUGACUUUCACCUUGCUCCCUGUUGCUUGAUCAUCUGAUCCAGACGCCCUAUGUGCUUCACUCACGACACACCAUUAACCUGUCGAUGCUUCAGUUACAGAUGACGAAUACACUCUGCUUGGGUAUAAUGGCUUCUCCUGUGUGGGAACAAGACUUGGUAUUCUAAGAAGCCGGUUAAAAUGUAACCUCAGAACUUUCAGUUGCAGGAGAUUGAGGGGUGUGGCAGAACAUGCCUAAGGGAGUGCUUUAAAUAUGCUUUUGUUUUUUAUUUGAUAUUUGAUAAUUGAAAUGAAUACAGGAAGAAGGAAUUGGCAGUUUUGUGAAACGUUGUAUAUGCCAUAGAGUUUUGGUAGCAGUGAAAGGACUUUUGGGUUAACGUUUCCGGAAAUGCUGUUACUCAAGCAUAGCCAUAUUGCACUGCUUCCUUAUCUAUUGUUUUCACCAGUGUCAAACUUUUUAUAUACAAGGAAGUUGGGUGAUUAUCCAUUACAGGGUUUUGCCUGCUUUGGUUACAAAGGUGUGUCGUUGUGGAUAGGUUAAAGUGCAGGCACUAGCAAGCUAUAUGUAUAAGGGACAAUCUCAAUUUCAUGACAGUUGUGCCUAGGGGGUUGCUUUAAUUUUUUUUUGCUAAAGUGAAUUGAUAAAAUAACCAUUCUGUAGGUUUUGAUGUUAAAUCUCAGUAUAGGGCAGCUGCAGUCUGAUACUACUGCCAUAUGCAUACAUGCCAACACUUAGGAGCGGUGUUAAACUCCAUUUUACAUGCUGCAGCUGUUAAGAUGCGAAAUGCUGAUUAUAGGGCAAUUGUGGUAUUAUUGGAAUAGCUUUUAAGCGAAUGGAGAAACAGUACCCCCCCAACUUUUAAAUUAGUUUGGGACAGGCUAUUGCAGAAUAAAUAGGUACAGCAGGCAGGGAAGAUCUUUCUGAAACAUAAAAUAGUGGAGGAGUUUUGGAAAUUAGCUCCACUGAGAUCUUUAGGGCCAUUUUUGUAUACUUGCAACACUCUUUUGUUCAUCUGUAAAAUGUUGGAAGACAUGAUUUUAAGCUGCUGAAAGACAGGAUGUUGGAUCCAGUAACUUACAGUUCCUCUUAAGAACCUUAUGAUGUUUGUUGUUUUGAAGCCUGGCAAACUAGUAAUACUGUGUGCUAGGGCUGAUACAUAGCUUCUGUUUUCCAGAUGGGUGUUUGGUGGUGGGGAGAGGGAUGGGAAAGAAGGAAGAGAGAGAUUGAGAUCAAGCAGCUUGCCUGAGGGCACCCAGUGUAUUCACAGGUGAGCCAGCCUUUUCUUCAGCUUGUUUUCACAAUUGCUUACUCAAGUUGAGUUAUAAGCAGUAAUGUGAUACUGCUGCAAACAAGGCAAAAGGGUCCUUUGUACUGCAUUGUAUGUAAUAUUGGGGGUGAGUGCACAGUCAUCUACAUAAAAUUGCCUGUUGAGAUGACUCAUUCCAUGCCAUAUCCUGUGAUCAGUUGUUAUUCAGCACUCUUCUCCCUGGAUGCUGUUUUUUAGUUUCUUGUUUGCACCUUAUUAACAAGGUAGAAAUUUUUGAGCAAUUUGUCUAUAUAGAAGUGUCCCUCUUCCUGCCUAUUGGUUUCCAGAGCUCCUGCAUUCCUGCUACUUUCAAAUUUCUAGUCCUGAUGACCAGGCUCAUUUCAAAACCAGAUGGCAGCAGUAUUAAGGAAGGUGAUUCUCCAUCACUCCCAACUUCUGCUUUUGCUUCCCAAGAAGGGCAUAGAAGUCUCCAGCCUGCUCUUCUCAUAUUUAGACCCUUCUUAGCGUGCUAUCCCUGUAAUGUGGUUGCUGACAGGCAUGUGGCUUUCUGUGCUGCCAUAUGAUAAGCCAGGAUGACUUGGGGAACUGAUAGAUGGAGCCAGCCGGUAACCAUGUUGUGAACCACAUCCCCAAAUGCUCGCUUCAUUAAACGCUGGCUAGUAGAAUAAACCUCAUCCUCGGUCCUCAAACCAGCAAACUAGAGCAAGCAGAAUUCCUGUGAGAGCAUUCUCUCUAGCACACACCACACACAAUAUGCAAAGCAGCGUUUAUAUUUGAUAGCUCUUUUCCUCUUCCUGCAAACCAUGUGGGUGUAGCUUUGUUUCUGUGCAAAGACAUUCAUUCAUUUGCAUGCUUCCUUCACACUUAAAAAAAAUAUUGGCUGGCUGUCCUCUUUUUAAGACCUUAGGAACCACUGGGACCUGGCUGCUGACAGAACAGAAUGGAAAUGCAGGCAGCUGCUUUCAAAAUCCAGUACAUGGCAUAGAUGCUGUUAUGCAUUAACAUCCUGUUCUACUUGUGGUGGUCCUAUGCAAUACAGUGGUACCUCGGGAUGCGAACGGGAUCUGUUCCGGAGCCCCGUUCGCAUCCUGAAUGGAACGUAAGACGCGAUGGCGCAUCUGCGCGUGCGCGGGUCGCGUUAUGUCGCUUCCGUGCAUGCGUGUGACGUCAUUUUGAGCGUCUGCGCAUGCGCGAGCGGUGAAACCCAGAAGUAAUGUGCUCUGUUACUUCCGGGUUGCCACGGAGCGCAACCUGAAAGCGCUCAACCUGAAGCACAUUCAACCCGAGGUAUGACUGUAUUUAGGUAGAUUAAGCCCAUGGUCAAAUGCAAAUCAUCCUUCUUAAUACUAGCUGGCCACGUGGGAAGUUCACAUGUCUAAAGAUGGGAAGGCAGACUGGAGGAGACAUAGAGCCCUUGCACCAAAGGUUAGGGAACCUGUAGCUCUGCACGUGAUGUUGGACUGCAACUCCCAUCGGCCUCAGCCAGUGUGGCCAGUGAUCAGGGACAAUAAAAGUUGUAGUCCCAGCAACAUAUGGAGGGCCACAGGUUACUUAGCUGUGUCUUUCCAGGAAGCAAAAAUAGAGGUGGAGUCCCCAGCCACUGGGGAAAGAGGAAGGAGGAAGAAUAUACUUUUUUUAAAGUCAAAAGAAAGCAGACAAACAAAGAAGUCCACCUAAAGCUUUAUGUUACAGAGCGUUUGAUUUCGAUAUCGUGGCCUUGAUGCCCCAGAGAUGAGCUUUUGCAGCUUAGGGGCUUAGCAUGUCUCUUGAACAUUCCUUCAGUUUAAUUUGAUGUUUCUCCACAUUUUCAUGGUCAAUGUUUGGAAGGUCUAAAUGACAGAAAAUUCCUGGGCAGGGGUUGGGCUAUAUAUAGAGGUAGCCAUUGGACAUCAUGUGGGAUUAAGGUAAUGGGAAUAAUGUUUUAAAAACCACUUGCAAACCUGCUCCAAGGGUAAGGAGGGAGGGUAAGGUGAUGACAGGCAGUAAUAGGUGCUUUCCACAGCCAGCUGACCAUCUUGGAAGCUUGCAGAACCAAUUUUCUUCCAGAGCUUGCACAGGGAGAGAAAAAGGUGCGUAACAGGUGCCAUGUUUGCUUUCAAACUGUCGCCACUGCUCAGAAAAUGUUAUACAGCCUUAAACUGUUUGAGGUCAAGGAGGUUUGAAGAUGGCCUGCUCUCAUAUGAUCAUGUCUACUUGUUAAGAUCUUCAGAGGAGGUUCUGCUCAUCAUCCCACUUCUAUUUGGUGUUAGGUUGAGAGCUGACCCUGUUGGGCAACAGAAUGAAGCAACCUGCCUAAAUGUAGCAGUGGAGAUGAAGGUAGGGAUUGGUGUCUGGUGCAACAAGUUAAAGGGUUGGCCUUGGGUUUGGAGGGGGGGAUUUGAGCGCUGCUUCAGGCAGCAAAAUGUCUUGAGCCAGCAGUAGCUAAGUUGAUGGUUGGUACAAGAUGAGAGCUUUCAGGCAGCAGCUUGGCUGAACAGGUUUUCUUGGUGGUGACUAGGCUGCAAUACUUCCUUGGGAUACCUGCAUGUAUGUUUGUUUUCCUGGCAUUUUAUAAACCAUUGCCUUUUGGCAGGCUUUUCGUGACCCCCCCCCCAAUUUUGGAUUGUUGUACGUUAGUUCUUGGUGUUUGUGAGUUUUAUCGUUUGUUGCUUUUUCGUUAUUUUGUCAUUUAAAAUCUUCCUGUGAGCCACUUCAGGGGCCUUUAGACAACAAAGUGGCAUAGAAAUGCUAUGAUAAAUAAAAUUAAUACCUGUCAACACCAUGAGAGGGAGAGAGCAGAUAAUGGGGAAGCUUGCUGAAGGGAAGGCUUCAACUUAACUGCUUUAGGCAGGAAAUCAGUUUGUACUGUUUAUCGCUCACUGAACUGCAAUGGAAAGGCAUAGGUUAUGAUCCAGCUAAAGUGAAGCCCUUUUUCUGCCCCAUUGAUUCUAACCAGAGUGAUUUCAGCAUGUGUUUAACUCCUCCUGUUGAAGACAAUGGGACAAACUAUGGCUGGAUGAUAACCAUGGUGUUUACUCUUGGUUUUCAGUUUGGCUGUUGAUGAAUUGCUGCUGCCAGGCAAGUAGAGGGUCAAAAACAAAAGCUUCACUUUCCAAUCUGUGGCUUAUUAAACACUUCUAAGAUAAGGAUAAUUGGCCUUUUGCUGUAGAAGGUCAUAAAAUAAGUACCUUACCCUAAUGUCUGUCUGUGGAGAGCAUUGGUUGACUGGUGUUGUGGGUUUACACCCUUCUUUCAGAGCUUAUGCACUGCAAGUUCAGAUAAGAUUUGGUUAGGCUUGGGCCUUACCAUUUUCAGGAUAGUUCUGAAAACACCUGUGCUAUUGCCUUUGAGUAAUGUUUAGUCCACCCAUAAUAUAGGUGAGAGACCAUAGCUCAGUGGUAGAGCAUAUGCUGUGCAUCUCAAAGGUCCUAGGUUCAAUCCAUGGCAUCUCCAGUUAAAAGGUAAGGUAGGAAAUAAUGGGGAAAGGGCUAUGCCUCAGAACACAGAAAGCCACUGCUUAUUUUUCCAGAUGGAAAAAUAAGCUAAGAACAUAAGAAUAGCCUGCUGGAUCAAGCCGAGGCCCAUUUAGUCCAGCAUCUUGUUCUCAAGUGGUGAACCAGAUACUUAUGAGAAAUUUGAAAGCAAGAUCUGUGCGCAACAGCACUCUCCCCUUCUGCAGUUUCUUGCAACUGCAGUUUCUUGCAACUGGUAUUCAGAAGAGGUCUGGAGAGUCUGCGGCGAGACUCCUCUGUCCAGCUGCUGCUGAACAUCCCCACCCAGCUGCCGCCGAAUGUCCCAGUGGAGGAGGGAGAGUAGCAAGCCAGCCAUCACCCCACCUCCAGAGUUCAAGAUUGCCCUGUUGAAUGCAUUGAUGUGAGAGACCCAGCCCUUAUUUUGUCUGUCCUGAAAUUUACAACGACCUGCUUAAUUGAAUGCCCGCUGGAUUCUAGUGUUAAAAAAUAGGGAGAAGACCUUUGCUCUGUUCAUGUUAUCCAUGCCACGUCUGUCACUUCACCUCUCACUCACCUUUUCUUUAAACUAAAAAGCCUCAGAUGCUGAUUUCCUAUGUUCCCUGAUAGAGGUGGCCUUGGAGGGGUAUAGCGGGGGGUCCUCAUGUCCUUCAGACCUAUAAGUCUGGAUAAGGUGUGUUCCAGUAUACAAGGGACUGGGGGACGGGAGAGAGCAUCUCUCAGGAUCUGAAAAUUACCUGUCCUCAAGGCAAAGUGUAGCAAGAUCAGGCAUCCAGUCAAGUCUCUUGCCUUGAUAGGUGAAAAUGAUGGAGCUUCUCCACUGGCUACCUUGACAUACUUAGUUUUGACUUUCCUGCAAAUGCCGUCUUUGCUGACUGUGUGCAGGUGUUAAGGUCCAUAACGUGUUGGAAUAAUUGCAAAGUUUGUCAUUGGUAAUGCCAUGGGCGUUCUUCAUUUCAGUAGAUGCUCAUGAUGCUUCUGCAACCUCAUUCCAGAUGGCCCACUGAAAUUUAUAGCACCAACUAGCUGGGGAAAGAAUAACACUUCCUCAGCAAUAAUAUAUUGUGUGUUGAAUGUGAGGAAAAGGCAGCAUCCUAAAUGGAAGCGUUUCUUUGAAUGAUGUUAUGUGGACGCCAUCAUCUGGAUAGGUUAGUCUUGAACAUUCAUUUGUGGUUUUAGGCUGAACGUUCUUCUUUAGCCCUAGCUUGAGUUGGGGUCAUGGUGGUACAUGAGCUCUGAGGUAUCUUUUCUGCAGCUACUUUUAGAAAUCAGCUAACUUAAACCAGUACAUGACUUGUUUGAAACAGGUGUCUGACUGUGGUGGAAAGAGAAGGUCGGGUAAUAGAUUUGGGAGAUAGAUGAAUGGAGUACUGAGCAUCCGACACACAAUUGUGCUUGUCAGUAUUCUAGUGCUAGUCUUGCUGCUUUGCAGAAUUUGAGUGGAUGAAAGGGAACGCCAGGAGAGGGAUCUGUGAGGGCAGCCCCAACAAUUGCUCUUGAGCAUCAUCCUUCUGUGUUCAAAUGCUUCAAAUGGAAAUGUAGCACUACAUUGAAUUCUCCCUUCUGAAGCUUAUGGAGAGCACACAGUCUGCCCUUUUACAUGGAUCCUGUUCUUAGACGUAUGGAUCAGCCUAGAGGGACUAGAAGAAUCCACAUGGAUAAAAACAGAUCCUGUGAAAGGAAACCAGGUUUUGUUGAUAUUUCCUGCUGCUCCUCUUUCUCUUUUUGGGUUUAGAGCAGGGAUGGAGAACAUCAGAACUAGGGUCUGAAUUAUGGCCCUCCAGGUAUCUCUGUCUGUCCCCCAGCCUCUUCUUGGUCCACGUCGCCUAUCCCUAGGCUACAGCCCUCUGGCUCUGCUUUGUGCCCCCCAUGAGUGCUUUUGCCUGGCUGGAAUGUAACAUUGAACUAUGAUAAUGUCUCUUGUUUGUGUGGGUGGCAGUUAGAGAGAUGUGUAUAGGGUAUUGGUGUAUGUAGAAACUUCUGGUUUUUAUUGUACAAAGAUAAGUUUUGUUGCUCUACUCUCGUUUGCUUCUCCCCCUGCCCAACAGGUGAGAUGUGGAAGGUUGUCCCCAGAAGGUUGCCCAGGUGGGAAUUAGGCCCUGGGACUGAAAAGAUUCCCUCACCUCUGGUUAGAGAGUAUGAGAGCCCUUUGCAGCAAGGAUCCCAGCAUCAGUCUUGGAAUACUAUUUUUGGACCUUGGUCUAUAUUUCCUCCUCCUCUUCCUAAAAUGCACCCAGCUAGAACAUUUUAAGGAGUUCAGAGGUCUCUUUGAUGGACUUUUGAAUCUUGAAGUGCACUGCCACCGCCUUUCUGUUCACUUUGGAGUGGGCCUUUUUAUAUCACAGAGGCAUUUAUUUAUUUUUGGCAGAGAUUGAAAUCCCCCCUCCCCCUGCAUAGUGUCAGGGUUCAGGUUGGGCUGUGCUCAGCCAUCCUGCUUGUUCCCUCCUACUGCUGUGCUGCUCUCCAAGCUGCCAGUCUCACCCCUUUUAGAAGGAAGCAUAGGAUGGUUGGGUGACCUUGACUGCACUAAGAGGAUAACGCUAUGGUGGUUACACUUGCUUUCUCUCUUCUAGCUGAGGACCUGUAAAGAACAGAAGAGACCCCAAAUCCAGUAGUUUAGAGAGCUGUUGUAUUGAGGUUUCAGGUGUUUCCUCCCUAAGCGAUACAAGGUUGGCCAUUUCUCCAUCUCUCUCUCUCUCUAUCCCCUGCACCUCCACACAUUUCCUAACAAACACACAGGGAAAUCUAGUGUCUGCAUUGUCAACAACUGAAACACAUGUUCAGAUCUUCUCUUGAGUCUGUUAUUUAUAUUAGCCAUAUAAGCAUUAGCAUACGUUCCUUUCACCUUUGUACAUAGGAAUGGAGUGCUUUAUGAUUUCUUAACAUAUUUGUAGAGGUCGUUUUUCUUGCAGGAGUGUUUGGGUUUGUUUGGUUUGUUUGUCUUUAAUUGUAACAUUUUAACAUUAAAAUAAAGCAGAAUGAAAAGGUGCAUGAGAGUGAUCCAUAUAUUCAAUAAUAUUCAUAAUUACUGCUAACCUAAUUAAAGCCUGCGUCAACAAAUUUUCAACGCCUUUCGGUGUUAUUUGCAUUAUAAUAAUGAACUGGCUAAUUUGAGUCUCUGCUGUCUCUGGCUUCCUGAAUCCUCCAAUUCUACUAUGCAGGCUGGAUGAUGGCAGAAGCUCUGUGUAGAGUGUAUCAUAAUAUAAUUAAUAGGGCACAAGUAGUUGUUUUCAGUGUAGUGAUGGAUAUUGUAUAUUUCCUUUCUUCCUUGCUCUGUGGUUUUCUGCACCUCUCUUGAAGUCCCCCAUAGCUACAAAUACACAGCUUCCUGGUUUGUGAUCAUAUGAACAUGAUCUUAUGUGAUCAUAAGAACAUAGCAAGAACCUGCUGGAUCAGACCAGUGACCCAUCCAGUACAUCAUCCUGUUCUCAUAGUGUCCAUGGGACCACUAUGGGAAACUUGCAAGCAGGACAUGAGUGCAACAGCACUCUGCCCACCUGCAAUUCCCAUCAGCUGGUAUUUAGAGGCAUACUGUCUCUGACAGUGGAGGCAGAACACAGCUAUUGUGGCUAGUGGCCAUUGAUAGCUUUAUCCUACAUUGAUUUGUCUCGUCCUCUUUUAAAGCAAUCAAAGUUGGUGGCCAACUCUACUAACUGUGGGAGUGAAUUCCAUAAUUUAACUAUGCACUGUGUGAGGAAGUACUUCCUUUGUCUGUCCUGAAUCCUCUGUGCUGUAGGACUGCAGUGGGCAACCUCAGCAGAAAAAUGGUUUUCCACCGCUGUCCUACAGCAUUUGUCUCUUGGAGCAAGCAGGGUACCUGAAAGACUGAGAUAGGAAAUGACGUUUCUGAUCUAGCUCUGUGGAAUGGCAAACUCUGUGAUCUCAACCAGUGUCUGUCCAAGCACCUCUGAUUUUAAAUGAAACAAAACAAAACAAAAAAAGCUUACAUGAUACAAACAUGUUAAGCUUACCAUGCCCACAUAUCUAGCCUUGCAGACGUUCUCCUGUUGUGAAUGGCAGAGAGCAGAGAAGCAAAAGCUGUUAGGAGCCCAUCCUACUCUCGAGUAGGACCCUGGCAGAGACACAUGCCCAACUGGCAUGUUCUCUCCCUCCUGGUCGAUCGUUUGGGAGUUGCAAAAGCUUUCUUCUGCCCGAACAUCACAGCGACUGAUGCCAACAGACAUCGGCACACUUAGGGAUCCGCAGAGUGUUCGCUGUUUGCGUAACAGAACUCAGCAACUCAGCAUUUUGGCUAAUCUACUUUAUUUACAUAUAAACAUACAUGGAGCACUGCAACAUGGCUCCCUCUCUCUCUAGCAUCAGGCAGCAAAGAGAGAGAACAAAGGACAAUAGUCCCACUUCAUGGAACACAGUAACACAAACAUCUUGUCUCCGUCACUUCCCACACUGUGGAGUCAAAACAUGCACCGUCAUGUGAUAGACAACAAUCCUAUGACUGCAAUCACGGAGCCGGAAUCUUAACAAAAGCCUGGCUCUGUUUUUGUGCUGAUUAAUGAUAAUCUAGUAAUGUUCAUCACUCUGCAAACCCUAGCUUAAUGAAAGCUGGUGGCAUGAAGGGAGGCUAUUUUUUGCUAACAGGCAUGUGGGAGAGCAUUUUUAGAGCUGGCAAAAAACAGCAAAACAGAAAGCAAUGAUUUUUAUCUGAUUUGAAAUACAUUCUGAGUUGUCAAAUAGAAAUGACUCUUCCUUCUUUGCGUGGGUUCCUUCCAGCAUCUGUCGGACUUGCAUAACUCAUAACUAAAUGUGUGUGUAGCCUCCAACCAACAGUAAUGAGGUUGUGGAAAUCUCCUGGAUAGAUUCUUUUCCUUCCCCAGCCUCUGCUGCUUUUUGUUUUGUUUCUCCUCUUAGAAAACAGCUAAACCUCAUAAAUUGCUGUCUCUGAGGGUGGCCACCUGCAGCUUUCCUUCUCCCCUGGAGCCGAAUUUGAGCCAAGGUGACUUGCACUAAUUGGCAUGGGUGGGGUGGAAUCAGGGAGCAAGCAGGGAGCUUUGUCCUCAGCCUUUCGCCUUUGGCAGGUACCCGUUUAAAAUUAGAAACCUCCCAUAAACAGUGCCAUCUGCUGCCACCCCAACAGGCUUCCUUUUAUAGCCUUUUCAGUGGUGUUUGGGAGUACCUCCUACUUCAGAUAUAAAAGCACAACCGUGUUGUAUCGGUAAUGUGUAGCACCGGGGAAGUGGCUAAGGAUGGGUAGGCUUGAGGGGGGUUUAAAUCCACACACAUUUAUGCAAUAAAGGAGAAAAGUAGGUGUGUGCACUGCAGAAUCCCAUAGGCCUCAUAUACCCUAGGAGAGAAGGUAGUUCAGGACUGAACUAAAGUACAGACUUUUUGUCCCCAACCACAAGCCCAUCAAGAAAGAGGCAGCCCAGAGAACAUACUCUUGACUAUCAUGAAUUCACUGGAAAUGGUUGGAAAGUGAAUUCAAUUUCCAGUGAAUUCAUGAUAGUCAAUAAUAUGUUCUCUGGGCUGCCUCUUCCUUUCUGGAAACAGCUGCAACCACAAAUACCCAUCUUGGGUUCAUAUUAGCAGGCAGAGAGAAAACUGAACUCCCCGAGGGAUUUCAGUCCCACCAUUUAAUUGGAAAAGCAUUGACUGUUGGGCAAGUCUGAAUGUCUCCACGCCACUGGUGAUGUAGACCAGCCAGUUGGGGCAGCUGCCAUGUUUGAAAGAAUCCUGGGCAAGGUGCCUUCUGGCAGCCCCUGGAAGGGACAGGUGUUGACAGACAGGCAGCACCAGGGACAGUGCUGUGAAGAAAAGUGCUGGGCGAGUCUGUUGAAGCCAGUUGCUGCACCUUCAUUAUCUCUCAUGGCCCUGGGCCCUACCUGUGAUGGGAUAAGGUGCUGAGGAUAAUGAAGACAGCAGUAGCUGUCUCAUCUGGUGGUUCUCUUCACAGCACUGGUGCAUUAACUUUAUUUCUUUUUAAAAGGGAUACCAAUGUUCGUGGUGGCACUCCAGGUGCAGAUGCAUCAGCACCACGUAGUGCUGAUGCCAGGAUGGUGAUUAGUCCUCAAAAGAUAGUAUAAGAAAUGGCUUGCGAAAAGUCAAUUAUGAGUAGACAUUGUGCUCCUGAGCUUAGGGGAAACUUUGCUUAGCAAAAGGCCAAUGAGUCUCUCAAAUGGGGAGUUUUAGGAAGUGGGUAGAAAGGGAGAGAAGUGAACAUUGGCUCCCUCCUCAGUAAACUUUGGAACAAAAAUGGAAAGUAGUAAAAGAUAAGAUGGCCAGAGCUAUGAUUCGGGGUGGCUAUAAACCCAGUAUUCCCAUGGGCUCCACUGGAAAGGAGGAAAAAUUGUAUUAGGGAUUAAUUCAGAUUUUGUUUUUCAUGUCAAUUAUUUACUGGAUGACGGUCCUGUCUCUGACAUGGUUUUCACCCUAUUGUUUUAUUUUCUUAAGCUACAAAUGCAAACAACACAAUGAGCAAAAUGACUCAUAAUAAGAACAAAGAAGCAUAGAAAGCUGCCUUAUAAUGAAUCGGGUUACUGGUUCAUCCAGCUCCUUAUUGUCUAUACCAACUGGCAGCUGCUCUCCAAUAUUCCAAACAGAUUCUCUUCCAGCCCUCCUUGGAGAUGCUGGCAACUGAACAUGGAACCUUCUGCAUGCAAAGCAGGUGCUCUACCAUUGACCUAUGGUUUCUCUAAAUGGGCAAACUUUGCACUCCCUGAUCCAUUUGUACCGGGUAUCCAUGAUGCAAGGCAGCACCGUGAAAAGCUCCAAGCAAACAGCUUUUGGCAAAGUCUGGAGAACUGAGGCCUUACAGGUGCCUCCAAUCAGCCUGCUCCUCCAAAAUUCUUCUUUGUCUGAAGGGUGUGAAUUCUUAAAUGGCUUGCCGCAGAUGGUCUCUCCUGCCUGGCAUACUUGUGCCAGUGGGCAGGCAUGUGUGGAGCAGGAGGUAUUUGGUUCUUCAGGUGAAUUGGGCUCAGGGAGAAGUGCCUGCUAAGCUCCUGACUUGGGUUCUGCAUGCUCUUUCCCAUUAGCCUCUGGUUCAGAAUCCAGAGCCUGGUUCCAUUCCUUUUCUUAUCGCCAGUGUUAUUUACAUGAAACCACUGGGUGUGAUCAUUAGUUGAUUUGGGGUGAGGUGCUAUCUGUAUGCUGAUGACACUCAUUGCUACUUCUCCAUAACAUCUGAAUCAGAAGAGGCUGUGCAGUCCCUGGGCCACUGCCUGGGCACAGUGGUGAGAUGGAUAAGGGAGAACAAGCUGAGCCUGAAUCCUGGCAAGGCAGAGGCACUUUGGGUAAGCGUCUCCCGUGUCUGAGAAACCAGCCAAUUGCCUACCGUGAAUGGGGAUGCACUCCCCCUGAAGGAUCAGGUUGGCAGUUUGGGGGUGCUUCUGGACCCAGCUCUGUCACUGAAGGCUCAGGUAGCCUCAGUGGCUGGAUGUGCUUUUUACCAACUGUGACCAGUUUGACACCUACAGCUGUUGCUAGACUGGGAGAGCCUGGCCACAGUAGUUCAUGCACUGGUUGCUUCAAGGUUGAAUUACUGCAAUGUGCUCUAUGUGGGGCUUCCCUGAAGCUGCAGUUAGUGCAGAAUGCUGCAGCGAGUUGCUCACAGGAGUGAGGCCUUCUCAGCAUAUAAUGCCUAUGCUCAGAGGUCUGCACUGGUUUCUGAUCUGCUACCAUUAGUAUAUAAUGCUCCUAACAACCUGGGACCACUUUACCUGUGAGAUUGCCUUACCCUAUAUGUGCCCACUCAACUGCUUCAGUUGGUGCCACUUAAUACCCGUCCUGCAUCUGUAAGAACUUGAUCAUUUAUUGUGGCAGUUCCAACACUUUGGAACUCCCUGCCUAUUGAUAUUGAGUGCCUUCACUGUAUUCCUUUUGGCACCUGCUGAAGACCUUCUUAUUUAGUCAAGCCUACCCAGAUGUUUAGAAAGCUUGUGUGAGUUUUCAUUUGUUUUAGUCUAUUCUAGUGUGGUUUUAACUUUCUGUAUGUUUUAAAUUAUGGUUGUAGUUUUUUUAGUGAUAAUUUUAUUAUUUUCUUUUUUGUAAACCAGUUUCUACAAUCAAGUGGUCUAUACAUUUUGCAAAAUAAGUAAGUCCUCUUCUUCUGACUCAGCGCAGGACUUGGGCUGACAUCCAUGCCAGAUUUUAUCUAGCUCCUUAAAUUCCUCAGUCUUACAAGCUAUUGACAGUCAUGUGCUUCUUGUUUUAGAGCAAUGAUACAGUUCCCAUGUCUUGCUUAUGGAUGUAUGCAAACAUUUGAAACAAGCCUACUAGUAAAAAGGCAAUCUGCUUUUCUUGUGAGGUUCCUUGCCUGUAUGCAUAAGAUUUAUUAGAUUCUGCAAAACAGCUAUGUCAUAGUAUUUGCAAGCCUAUUAUGUAAUCGUAAAACUUGCACAUUCUUCCAGUUCUGAGCUAUUCAUAAUUUCUCACCUUUCAGCUUGUGAAUUAUAAAUGCUUUAUUGUUGGAAAAACUCCACUUGGUUCCAUGUGUCAUUUAAUUCCAUGGCACAACCGGCACAGUUAGUAUUACACCCCACCUCCAUAUGGGUUCAGUGGGAUAUUCUGGCCUAGCAUUACCAUUUCUGAUGAAAUUUAAACCCUGGCACAGACUGUGCAGUUAUGCAUAUCGAAGUGUCUCUGCUUCUAUCUCCAUCCGACUCCAUUCCAAUUCACCUGCAUAAAGAAGCACAUUGAGGUCCUCUGUUAAGAGGCUGCAUUUAUUCCUGGAUAUGAAGCAUACUCCUCUUUCUGUAGAAGCUCCAUAUUUCCUGUGGAUAUGAUAAUGCAACUCUGCUGAACAGGAGUACUGAACACAGCUGAUAGCUACAAUGCCAUUAUGUUCACUGCACAUUGUGUGAUUAUAGCUAGCAUGUCUGUCCUCCAUACUAGAGGCUUUCCACAGUGUGUAGGUUCAAAAUGAAAUAUCUUUGUAUGUGGUAAAGGGAAGUUUGCAAAAGCUUAUGGAAACUCUUUCUUUUAUGGAAACUCAUUUUUCAAUGUAGCCCUUUUCACUUAUGGGUGUUGAAGAUUUUUUCCCAGUGGAAAUCUGUUUGGCUUCCUCCUAAAAAUGUCUAGGGCAGAGGUGGGAGACUUGUGAGCUGGUGUAGUAAAUGGUACUUUUUCAGACUCCUGGAAGUGAACUGCAUGUUAGAAUGCCACCCCAGACUUUUGAAAACGACAGCUCCUCCCUGUGAACACCCCCCCAAAAAAGCUCAACAACUUUUGGCCAUUUCCCUCACCCCCAAUUUUAUUGUGUUGCAGUCCAAAAAAAUAGGGGUCGUCUUAUACAUGGGCGCAUGUUAUACACGGAAAAAUACAGUACAUACUACUUUUAGAGAAGCCUUUGUCUAUCUUUCUGGUGUCCUAGCACUGUAGCUGCUUGGUGAGGAAAGGGUAGGUGAGAAAUCUGAGAUUUCUUUCUUUCUGAAAAGACAGAUUUAUAGCACUGGAAGGGACUCAGAGUCCCUGUAAUCCAACCGUAAGCUGCAAGGUAGAAAAAUCCAUAUAACCAUCACGAGUCCCUCUGAUCCAGAUCAUCAAAACACUGCAAGCAAAAUUUAUUGAAAAGUUCUGUAUUUUUUGCAUGCAGAACUUUAAAUUAUUUUGGCACAGAUAUAUGAACAUGAAUUGAGAGUACUAAUAACAAAGGAAAUGAACUGAACAGAACACAUCCUUGUCUUGCACUUUCUCUUUUAGCAAGAGUGUUCACCUACUAAACUUGUGACUUUCUUUUUAACCAGUAAAAGGAGGCAUUUGCUGACUACUCCACAGCUUGCCUUGUUCUUCAACACAUUGCUGUAACACAUUUUAAUUAAUACAGCAUAUGCCUCUGAACAACUGCUGUCGAGAAACACUCUUGCGUGUGAUUUAUUCUAGUGAUUGUGUGCCUGAGAUGAUGUGCUUGCGUGCCUAUGUGUUGAUUAUGUUAGCUGACAUCAUGCUGAUAUUGGGGUAUUGGCACGCUCUGCAAAGAUCACAUGAGGAUGGUUCUGGAUUAUUGCCACAUUCCGUAAGGAAAUUUUCUGUCUCUUAUAUACAGAAUCAACAUUUAGCCUUGGAGAGGUCAGAUUUCAUUAGUGGAUGUACACAUUUGGUGUUUGAAUGUUGCAGGUAUCAUGUUUGAUAGUGCCUCCAAUGUGCUUGCAUGGAAAGAAGGCAGAAUUGUGUUGGCCAUAUUGAUAAUGUGGAUAGUAUAGAUGGUUUUCCUCUGCUACAAGUCUUAUGGGGUUAAAAUGUCUUUGUUGAUUUUGUUUGAGAAAUAAUGUAGUAUUCUGAAACAGCAUGUUAAAAUCUUGCUUGCUAUUUUUUGUGCAUAAUCAAAUGUUUAAAAACAAAAGUAAAAUAUUUAAAAUUCCAAAAUCUUUUGAAUGCUUUUUUAAAAAACAAAAUUGUUAGAAGACAAAGAAGAAGUAAACAUGGGGAAUAACUAUUCCAGUUCUUAGGCAUGCUUCAACCUUUUGGUCUUCAGUGGCAUAUAAAUAUCAAUUAUCUGAUUAGCUGUUCCAAGAUUGUCUAAAUUGGAAGUCACGUUCUUGAAACAAAAGUAUCACAUCCUCAUUCUUCUGGGUAUGGAUCUUAAUUGCAUUCCUCCCUCAGGUAAACAUACCGUGGCUGGGAUGCAUAUGGUUACUUGCCAUAGUUCUAAUCAGGUGUUCAGAACCCGCAGGAACUCAUGAAGCAACAUCCCAUUUAUGAUGAUUCAUGAUCUGCUCAGUCUUAAUGUGGCGGCGGGAGGCACCCUCUCUAUGCAGUUAGGGUUUCCAGCAUGGGUCUGGGAACAUUAAUUUAGCAAAUCUUUGCUGUUUCCUACUUAAGCUUGGUAAGUUAGUCAGUUCCUGCAGGGAUCAGGCUAUAGCUUAUUGCAGAAGUGACUACUGUAGAUCCAGUACAUUGUACUGUACAUGCUGAGAUUGGAGCUAAUUUUUAAUUUAUAUUUUUGAACUUUUUGAACUUCUUUCUGAGAGGAAGAAGCUGUGUUAUUGAAUAUAUGUGUUGGACAAGGAGUGCAAGUGGAAAUGUGUUUGUUAUAUUUAUAUCUUGCCUUUCCUCUGAACUCAGGACUAUUAUUUGCACCCAAAGCAACCUUGUUACAUAUCCAAAACCAACUAGUGAGGUUGACAGCUAGCGGAGAUUUGAUACUGGGAGCGCUGCAUUCAAACCUAACACUCUCUAGCCAUUGUACAACACAGCUUUAGAAUUCUUUUGCAGGCUAAGCUGAAUUACGCCAUGGAACGAUCGCCAGUCUCCACAGCUACUAUGACAUAAUAGUUAAGAUGGAGAAUCCAAAACUUGCCAUAAGCUCUUUCUGAGUGCAGUCCUCUCCUCCAAGGUUAAGCAUGUAGAGGACUGAAGCCUGUCUCAAAGGAUAAUAUCAACCUACCUUACAAAGUGAUUGUAAAGCUUAUUGAGAUAAUGUAUGCCAAGAGCUUUGCUAUAUCAGUUCUAAAUACUGUACUAAAAAUGGCAAUUAUUAAAAGAGGAUUAGUAAUUAGUAUAGAAUAUUGAGCUACAUGGUAAUUUUUAACAGGAGUUUGCAGAUCAAGCCUUGCCCUGAAAUUGAUCUUCGAUGAAAUAAACAACUGUUACUUAUGUGAGUUUGAAUUAAACCACUGAUGUUGCAAGGCAUAAAAAUGCAAAAUAUCCUCAUUUAAGCACUUUGCUUGUUGUGUUUAGGAGUUUUAGUGCCUUGCAUAAAAUGUAGGAAGAUGGAGAAUAAAUCACAAAUAGCAUCUUGUUCUCUCCACGAAACAUUUCGGCCCAAAUGUUUAAUACAUGGUAUUUAAUGAUGCAGAAGGAAUUGCUAACCUAAGUAGCAAUGCUGCGCCUGUUGUAGCAGAGCAACGUCCAGAGUGUGAAUGCAUCCCUGGAGAAUCCAGUUGUGUGAAUGUUUAGCCAGUUGUUAGUAGCCCUGGGAUUUAAUGAGAGCAACUUUCGAAGCUUGGGAAGGGAAAACAGUCUUUGCCUUUUAAAGGAUCUUGUCACGAUUCUGACGUGAAUGACUAUGCAGAGGCCCAAGACAAUUUCCCAUAUGCGACACAUUAGCUGGCAACUGGCGGUUGAUUGCCUGAAAUGAAGCAGAAGGGAAAUCUGAAAUAUAGACUAAAAAAAAAAAAAAGAGUACAACAGAGUUCUCUGGCGAAUAUUAAAGGUGCAGGAUUGGGAAUGGUAGUGCUAAAAAGGAGUGGAAGGAUGAAGAGGGGAUAUAGAGUUCAGUGGGAGGCUUGGGGCACAAGUCAACAUGCAGUAAUGGUGGGCAGUAGAAACCAAACUUAAGAGAUGGUGGGUAACCAAGCAAAAGCAACCAGCCUUAUUUUGUAUCUUCCAAGUUCUGGGAAUGCCUAAAAGCCAAAACCAGAGAACCUAGACUGUUGUGGUUAAGCAGAUUCUGAUACAUCUACAUGCUUGGUUUGUCUUUAUCGUUUUGGAUAGUUGAAGUUUUUUUUUUUUUAAUGUAACAACAACAGCAUCUAAAGGAAGAAGCAUACACAAUAUAUAUAGCUUGGUAAAUGGCAGAUCCAUAUGCUCAGCAUAGCACCAGAGACUCUGGAAGCAGGAGGAGCAAUGUGAUUUUGAGGGCUUUGCAGACCUUUUUGCCACAUUUUCCAUUUACAAGUGAGCAACACACGAAGAAGGCUUGAGUUAGUGGUAAAUCUUGGGGAUAAAUUUUAUGAGCUAUGAAUUCUUUUAGCACUAUUAAGAAGUAAUUUAUUAUUACAAUUAUUGUUUUUUAAAAGCUUCUAUUUUGCAUUUCAGGAAUCCCUCUGUGGCCUCCAGUGACACUCAUCAACUCAGCAGGAAGGUGCUCCAACCAUCUCAAGGUUUUCUUGUAGAAAAGGGCUGUGUUGCUCAGUGGGCAGCAGCCUUUGUCAACCAGGAAGAAUGA